AUCUGUCAUCUUCAGCACAUAUCUAAAGAGUUCGCAUAUAGUCAGUGAAAUGUACUGAAAGCAUCCAUGAUUUGGAUCCGCUGGGAUUCGGACGAUGACGCAGACUGAGGCUGAAUAACCGGAGCGCACGAAGUGAUGAACGGAAGCGCCAGUGCGCACCUCCCCUAUAAUAAUCUGCUGAGCGCCGUCGCUGUCUCUUCAGCACCGCUCACUGACAAUCCAGCGGACCGGAGAGGAAAGAUGGGCACAGCUGAGUUAUCUGCGACCCUGAUGCUGGCUUCAGUUUUGGGACUUUUAUACCUGGUCAGCGGACGCACGGUGAGAAGCCAAGAUGUAACAAGUAGCCGAUUUGUGUGUAAUGCCAUCCCCCCGGGCGCAGAGCCCGGCUGCGGGUAUGGCCCCACAGGGAACCGCGUUCAGAGUAGCAGCCCCGUGGAGGACGAGCUACGCAACACCAUCAUCCAGCUUCGGGAAACUAUUCUGCAGCAGAUGGAGACAAUCGUGAGCCAACAGGGAACCAUAAAAGAGCUCAACUCGAAGCUGGCGCGCUGCGAGGCGGCAGCCGAUGAUAUGGCGCAGGGAAAGUCCCGGGGUCAGGGCUCCAGACGCAAGGAGUACGGCAAGAACACAAUGGGAGACCUGCCCCGGGACCCCACUGAGACUAUAGACCAACUGGGCAAAACCAUGCAGACCCUGAAGGGUCGGCUGGAGAAUUUAGAGCAGCAAAGCCUGCGCCUCCCCAGCACAAACUCAUCAGCUGGAGGAGCCUCGGCCCUGACUCCCCUGCCACAGGAGCUCCGUGAGCUCCUGCGCCAGCGUCUGGGGGCGCUGGAAACCCAGCUCCUUCAGAAAGUGGCUGAGCUGGAGGAGGAGAAGAGCCAACUCUACAAUGAAACUGCGGCCCACCGCCAACGCACCGAGAGCGCUCUUAACUCCCUCAUGGAGAGGAUCACAGAGCUUGAGAAAAGUAAUAAUGCCUUUAAGUCUCCAGAGGACUUCAAGGUGUCCCUCCCUCUUCGUACCAACUAUCUAUACGGACGCAUCAAGAAGAGCCUCCCAGAGAUGUACGCCUUCACUGUUUGCAUGUGGCUUAAGUCAAGCGCCAGUCCAGGCAUAGGAACCCCUUUCUCUUAUGGCGUGCCCGGCCAGGCCAAUGAGAUAGUCCUCAUUGAAUGGGGCAACAACCCUAUCGAGUUACUGGUCAAUGACAAGGUGGCCCAGCUCCCUCUGUCUGUGAGCGAUGGUCGCUGGCACCACAUCUGCAUCACCUGGACGACCAGAGACGGCUUUUGGGAGGCUUAUCAGGAUGGCGAGCGGCUCGGCACUGGAGACAACCUAGCCCCCUGGCACCCAAUUAAACCUGGAGGGGUGAUCAUCCUGGGACAGGAACAGGACAUCGUGGGAGGGCGGUUUGAUGCAACCCAAGCCUUUGUUGGUGAGCUGAGCCAGUUCAACAUGUGGGACAGAGUACUACGACCUGUGGACAUCAUGGGUUUGGCAAACUGUUCGGCCUACAUGCCUGGGAACGUGGUUCCUUGGAUUGAUGCCAAUGUAGAAGUGUUUGGUGGUGCAAGUAAAGCUGCUCUUGAAAUAUGUGAAGACCGUGCUUUUGAUUCCUAAGGAACACAAUUUAAGGAGUCCUGUAUGGCCACAGAGAUCUGAAAGUUUAAUGUUUAGAUUUUUUGUCAAACCCUAAUGACAAGGGUAGCAUUGGACUAUCCACCAUGGUCUCUAAGGCUUGGUGUUUAUUGGGUUUAAAAGAUCACGUGUCUGUCAAGUUUCAACCCUGAAGACAUUCCAGGAGACUUCACAUUGGUUCUCCCUGCCGAGGCAGAGGCAGACACUGAAUGCUGUUUAAUUUGUCUGCUGCAAAGAUAUGCUGUUGUCUUGUUUUUUUAUUUUUCAUUCACAAGCUUACUUGUCUUUUGACGGCUCUUUGAGAACAUUUCAGAGUGGUUCUAUUCCUUAUUUUGACAACACUGCACCGCUUUCCUUGUUGAAUGUGAGCUCAAACACGCUUUGAUAUGCUGCAGAAAACUGUUGUGGAGCACCACAUGCUCUGAGCUUUUUGGCUGUUUGAAGAGCAAUGAGACGACGAAGUAAAUACCUAAAAUGAGGUAGAUGUUUAUGACUUUAAACCCCACUAUUGUCCAAAAUAAUAUGCAUGUGUCUGAGCAGUGCAUGCUUUCUGUCAACAUGCACAGUAAGUAUGCUGCAUCAAAACAGGUUGAUGCAGCGUGCUGCCAACAUUACGUAAGACCGUGUGUGUGUGUACGUUCCUGUGUUUAUGGCUUGUCUUGCUUGUAAAACAGACCAGAAGCUUAUGAGGGAGAGAGGGAGGACAUUUUGAUUCUGCAAAUCUAUGCUUAAUACCUCAUUGCCCUUUGAGCAGCUGCCAUGCUCCCAAACAACAUUCCGAACUGGCUGGCUCAGCCUGGGUUAACAGCAACGUUGGACAGCUGCGACGCCAGCUGACCACUCAGCGAGGACAGGGACUUGGUCUGACCCUCAAGGACAAUCCCUAACUCCUCGUAUUGGUUGUAAUUAUCCAUGUUUAUGAAUGAAUGUGCCUCUGAGUGGCCCUGGUCUCCUGGUGUUUCUGUAAGUGUGCCAUUAAGGAUAAAACACUGAAAUGUAGAGUCUGAGUCGGACAGAAGAAACACUCUAUAGACAUUAUGAAUGUUAUUAUUACAUGGAGCUUGGUCCUAAAUGUCUGGACAGGUAUAGAGGUUUUGAUCCAUUCAUAUAUAUUUUUAAAUGGUAUGGAGUGUAUUGAUGUAUUUUGCCAUUAAUAAGGAAUAAAACGAAUGGUUUUUCGGCUCAGUUUGUUGUUAAUGUUGAAAUGGGCAGUUUUAGGGACCCUUGUUUCAAUCUGUUCCCCAAUGAACCACAACUAACAUCACGAUAAAACUAGAGUUGCACCAGCCAAGCUUUUCAAUUUGUAGUUUUUAUUAGGUCUGACUCACCACUCCCCACUUUAACACAGAGAAGUGAUAAAAAUAAUACCCUGCAGGUGUUUUUGAUCAAGGUAAUAGUUGUGAAAAAUUUUUUAAAAUGAAGCAAUUCCUGCAUGAGGUAUUUGUGCAUCAAAAAAUAUAUGACUAGACUUAAUAUGAUUUGUUUUUUAAUUUAAAUUAAAAAAGGUGUGUUGAACCACAGACUGUUGAAUUAUGUUUUAUAGAGCAAAAUACUUGGUACUUAGUUUUGAUGCUUUCAUUUAAUAGUACAGGGCAUGUUUUAUUUAAAUACACAAGAAAAUCUGAUUUUCAGUAUUUGAAAUGCUGAACACCAGAGUUAAAGAAAAGAAAACUGGUUCAAUUCCGAUCUCUGGCCAAUCAUUAAGUGCAUCUCUGGAUAAAAAUCUAAGUUUUUUCCCUUGUAGCAGAGUAUGUGAUUAAAUAUUAAUAUUAAAGCUUUUACCUGAUUUAAAAGCAAAAAAAAAGUAAUGAUGCAGUAGCUCACUGGACAACACCAAAUGUUGAAAAAGUAAAUGAAUGAAGAUAUUAGGAUUCAACAUGUGACCACUAUGCUUGAAUGUUUCUAUUAGCAAUGUUUUAUUGUAAAACUAAGAAAUUUUUUUCCUGUUGAAAGUGUAUUUUCUUGUUCUCUCUGCACAUAAUUUCUUAGAAAAAAGCAAGAAAGCUACAAAUGCUCUGUUUGACUGGUGAAUGGCCUUUUGUGAGAACCAUAUGUGCUUUUUGUGCGAGUGGACACUCAGACUUUCUGUCAGCUUUUGUAGCACACUUUUAUGACAGCACAGAAAUACUCAAAAUGUGUUUGUCUUCAGCAAACCUUGACCACAUUAAGUUCUGCAACUGUCUGUCAUGAAAACUGAUGUAUUUUUACACCCAAUAAAAGAAUCAGCAAGUUCAA